UAUAUCAAAGGGUUUUUGAUAAAAAUCAUAGUACUCCCAGCUUUUUCAGUCUUUCCUAGGCCUUUUGUCUCGUCCAAUCACUUUUUCUAUUCAAAAUUUUCCAUUUCCUGCUAAACCAGGAUGCGUCUGUUAACUAAGAUGUGUAGGCCAUUCGAUGGGGCACUUAAGGUGAAAUGCCGCUCCUUCAACCAGCAAAACUUCAGCCCAAAGACUGCCGACGAGGCGGGUAAGCGUCCUACGCACUUUCAGUCCAUGCGCGAAUUCUUUAUGCAUCCGCUGACCUGGGACCGCAACAACGGCUACUUCAAUGUGGUUCUGGCCCUGUCCAUCUUUGGAUUCUGCUUCUUCAACUCGUGUGCCCCGUGUGAGCAGAAGAGGGGCGGCCUUGAGGAGCGGACAACCCGCCCACAGUGAAGUCUGGCUCUAACUCACCCUGAUUGCAAACGCAGACGAGUCCCGAAUUGGUCGAACGGCACUGGGCAUUCAUGUCGCACAAGGUCGGGUUGUUCAGGCAGUUCUGCUCCUCAAUGCACACGUAACCAUCGCCAUGGAAUCCAGCAAUGCACUGGCACUCGAAGUUCUCCGGGUCCCUGAAAUAUAAAAGCAGAAAAAUUA